AUGACGUGUAAGUUACCUCAUCAUACUGUUCUUCAUUUUGAUCGAAAUAUCAAAACUAGUGAAAAUGAGAAACCAAAACAAACGUCCUCACUCCUCACUCUCCCCCAAGCCGAAGUGUUCUUACCAAAGAAUGAAGUCGUUACAAAUGCCACAACAUGUACAGGACAAUUUAGUUAUUCUAAAGGUGAAUCAAAACGUGUAUUACUGUGUACUGCUCUCAUUAAAGUUAGUGAUUCCAAUGGUAAAGCCAUCCCUUGCAGGGCUUUACUAGACUGUGGCAGUGAAGCCAGCUUUAUAAGUGAAGAGUGUGUCAGUAAACUAAAGUUAGGUAGAUUUAACAAAAAAAUUGAAGUAUCGUGCCUUGGUUCGUUCAACACUGUAACAAGUGGAGAAGUGGAAUUAAUCUUUACCCCGCACUUUGAGUCAAAUUCCAAAUUUCGAACAUAUGCAUUCGUGAUUCCAAGGAUAACUUCAGAUGUGCCUAACGUGUCGCUUCCUUCUAAAAUUGCGAAUCAUUUUGACGAUCUAGUCUUAGCUGAUCCUAAGUUCUAUGAAAGAAAACCUAUAGAUAUUUUGUUAGGUGUAAAUGUAUUUUUUACUAUGCUUAAGGGAGACAUCAUAAAGAGAGGAGAAUCAUUACCCUUUGCAAUUUGUUCUCAGUUGGGUUGGAUCAUUUCCGGGAACACUAUUACUGAUGAUUCGAAUCUAACUAACACUUUUACAGUGAAUAAUCUUCAGUUGAAUACAAACGAAUUAGUUGAAAGAUUUUGGUCUUUAGACUCCAUUCCGGAAGUCAAACGUAUUUCAAGUGAAGAUAAAAAAUGUGAAGAGUUCUUUAAAACAACACACUUCCGUGAUCAAAAUGGUCGUUAUGUAGUGAAACUUCCAUUUAAAGAUAACCCUUCAAGGUUGGGUAAUUCUAAAGAUCUUGCUUUACAAAGAUUUAAAUCUUUAGAGAGAAAUCUCUUAAGAUCUCCUGAUACAUAUGAUAUGUAUAAACAUUUCAUGAAGGAAUACUUGGAUCUCGGGCACAUGGAACCAGUCCGUAGUUCAGAGUCCCCAAGUCAGGCAUACUACAUGCCCACAUCAUGCAGUAAUUAA